GAAAAAAGUGUACACUAAUACAACACUUUUUUAAUACAUACGGCGUGUACCGUGUACGACUACACUAUUUUAAAACGAACGCUUGGGUGUACACUUGUUGUGAAAAAUUGUACACUUUUUGUCAAAACGAACAAACCUAUUGACUAUCGAGUUCAGUGCUGAAGCUUAACAUUAUCAUGGCAUCCUCUUCAGGUUCCGAAGAUCCUACCGAUAAUUUAAAAAAAGAGCCUUCUAAAGGUAUUCUUAAACCUUCCGUUAGUUAUGAAGAAAAAGACAAAAAAAAAAAGAUAGCUAGUAAGUCUGCAAAAUGGGAUGAAAUGAAUAUAUUAGAAACCUUGCAUCCACCAGACAAAGAUUAUGGUCAUAUGAAAGUAGAUGAGCCGAAAACACCGUAUGAAAGAGAAAUUAAUGAGGAUGAUGAUAUGGAUGGUGGCGUGAAUCCAGAUGAGUUGAGAAAGAGAAUCGAAGAAAGUAAACAAAGAAAAAAUAGUGGUAGUAGUACAUUUCAGUCCGAAGAUGAUUCUGAAGACAAUAAAGAUGAAACACCAGAAGAAAAGCUUGCAAGAGAAGUAUUUGAAAAAAAACGCAAAGAACAUUACAACGAAUUCAAAGCGGCAAAAAUGGCUCGACAAAUGAUGGAUGAAGAAGAUAAUGACGAAGAUGAUGAAAAUAAAUAAAACAAUACUAGUCUGGUAUGAUGUGAUUUUUAUCUAGUUUUGUAUUAUUCAUUGCACGAUAAUAAAUAAAAGAAUAAUCCAGAAUUGUGGGUCAUUUUAAGUUGGUUUUGCAAAAUUGGCAAAUAUCAAUGAGAUUUAAAAAAAACAUUAUUUUUGCGUGCAAUUAUACUUUAUAAAUUUCAUACCAAUUUUAUUUUGAAAAAAAAAAUUAUGCUUAAAAAUGAAUAUGAUUUUUUUAUGUAACUAUUAAAGAUGAAUUAAUUAACAGCAACUUAAAUAGGUUGAAAUAUGUAUAAUGCAAGUCUAUAACAAUAUGAACAUUUUUUUCAAUUUAAAUAAUAUAUAUAUUGUUGUAUUAUUUGCUACCACUUGCACUUCUGAAUUGUUACAAAUUAUAAUGAUAUUUUUUAUAAAUUGUGUAGAUUGAUAAAUAGUAAAUUUAAAGCUAACUUAUAUAUAAGUAUAUAUUGUAUAUACUUCGGUAUCACUAACACUAUUCAAUAAUAAAGCUAUCAUUAUUUUUUAAUAUUCAAUAGAAAUAACUUAGAUAAACUAAAAUUUUAAAAUGUUUUAAAAAAGAAAAAGAUGAUGAGUUAAAUUAUUUAUUAAUUAUAACCUAUACAUUGAAUUAUUAAUUUAAAUUAGUAAAAAAAAACUUUGUUAAAUUCUUUUUAUGUAGAUUAAUUUAUAAAAAAAAAAAUGUCAUUUGGACCCUGAUCUUUUAAACGUAUUAAAUUGUUGUUAUGUCAUUAAGUUUUUUUGUAAAAUGUUUGUCAUGAUAUAAGUCUUUUUUAUUAGAGUUAACCCUUAAUAACAGUAUAGUUAGCUAAUCUAACAAAAGGUUUUUUUUGCUUUACAUUUUAUGUUGGCAUUUUGAAGCUUUUACUAAAUCUAUCCAACGAUCUCUUUCCUCUUUUUUUGCUGUUUUAUCCACCUUCAUGAGAUCACUAUUUACACAGUCUAUCCAGCGUUUACGUGUCCUUUUUUCAUUUUGUUUAUUAAGUAAAUUGAUGUAUUGACUAUUGUAUCCAUGAUAUUUCUUAAUAUAUGACGUGUAUUAAUUUUGUUUGUUAUAUAAUAAAAUUAGGUAAUAUUUUA